ACUGGCGCGUGGGGUGAGAAGAUGAGCUCGAGCCGUGCUCAUGCCGUUCACGGUCCGGCAGUCCAGUGAUGAACGGUUGCCGAGCAGAGCAGUAAUUAUCCGAUAAUGUUCGCCCGCGGGCGCUGGAUGCAUCAUUAGCGCGCUGUUUUGGAGUUCACUUAUGCAAAGCGCGUGUUUGGGCCGUUUUAGGUGACUGUUUGCCGAUUGUUAGUAAUCGCCGGGAGGAUCUAGUGUUUGUGUGCUUUCUGUGGGUGUGUUGAUGGUGUUUUUUUUUUUUGGCAUUUGUGUACAGAGUCCAGUUGUGAAAUGUUAGCAAUAGACGAGCACGUGAAGUUAUGCCUUUAGGCAAGCAAUAGUUCUCAACUGAUGAAACUGUGAGGUGUUCGUCCGAGGAUCCCAAGGUCCGAGAACUGCUGUUUUUGUGUGUGUGUGUGUGUGUGCAAUAAUUGAAAUGAGUAGCAACAAAGCCGUUCUCGCCAACUCACCCAACUCCGACUCCGACCAUGAAGAAGGGCAUCCACAGACGAAGAAAUGCCGUCGCCAGGGUGCCUGGGUGCCGGCGGCAGUGUCCGAUGCCAGCCCACCAGCCAGCCAAUAUCCCGACGGCUACUGCAUCGAUAUGUCCCCGGCCGGCCACCCGAAAUCCCUGCCCAGCUUCUACAUCGAACGGUUGCUCGGCUUUGGGCCGGCGGAACGUCCGCGACAUUCGCGCGAUAAGCGCACGCUUUCCACGGGCACACCACCGGCCAGCCACUGCUCGACGCCUCCGUCCGGCGGUGCGGUCUCGAUCGCCAGCGAGCGGGACUGGUGCGGUGCGUCCGCAUCGCUAGCGGCCACCCUGUCCCCGAUCGGGUCACCGCUGCCGGAGGAGGAGGAGGACGACGCAGAGGAGUCGCUGGAACCGAAACCGCUCAACUCCUCGCUCAGCUCAAUCGUCUACAAUCAAGCGGCCGCACCGCGGCACCAUCAAUCAAUGCAGCCCGGCCGGAAGCUGGUCAACGCGGUGUACAUUGCCUGGCCGGAGGGCCGAACGGUGGAGGUGAAUCUGAACCGCUUCCAGCGCAAGAUGAUGCUGUCCGGUGGCGGCGGUGGCAGUGGAGACGGUGCAGACCUGGCCGGGUACGGCCAAUGGCACCCGGACCUGGGGACCGGCGUACCCCAGUUUCUGCCGGAACGUCCCGCACACAAACCAAGCCUCGCCAGCAAGCUGGACUUCGGCAGCGAUCCGUACCUUCAUUUGCAGGCUUCCACGCUGGUGAAGCGCUACCGGAAACAGAAUCGGGAGCGAAAACCGCGCCAGGCGUACAGUGCGAUGCAGCUCGAGCGGCUCGAGGACGAGUUCCAGCGCAAUAUCUACCUGAACGUGAACAAGCGGUUCGAGCUUGCGCAGUGUCUCGGGCUGACUGAGACGCAGAUCAAGACCUGGUUCCAGAACCGGCGCACCAAGUUUAAGAAGCAGCAGGACUCGCGCAACAAGCGCGAACAGCGCCAGCAGGCGCAGCUGAUCGCCCAGUGGCUGUUUCAGCCGCCGCAGCUUGGCAGCAUUCCACUGGACGGGCAGCUGCAGCCGCUGCCCCGGCUCGCCGCACUGCCCGUGCACCGGUCAUCGCUGGCCCUGGCACAGGGUACGCUCCAGUCGGCCCUAAUGGCACCGUACCAUCUGCUACCGCCGACAUCAUUGACAGUGCAACAGCAUCAGCAUCAGCAGCGGUGUGCCUUGGAGGAUGGACCGCGUGUUGUCAAACCGGUGUACACGGUCCGCUCGCCGAAUGCAGUGCCAGCGUUUCCCACGGCUGUACCAUUCGCGACGUCCUCCGUUGUCUCAUCGCUACAGACUGGCGGAGCAAAGGACCUCCAGCAGGUGGACGCUUCGGGUUGACGAGCGCAGUGGUUGUAGGAAAACAUGCUUGUGAGAGUGAAGAUUAAACCGCUGACCUUUCAAGCGAUUUAAAAGUGCGGGCGUGUAAUGCAUCAACGAACGGAUUUGUUUAAUUAAAAUGAUUAUAAGGAAAUAAAACGACAAUUUCAUUGUAAUUUCUAGCGCAGU